AUGAAUUCGACUCUCAUCGCCCUCCUCCUCGCGUUCUUUUUCGUUCAAGGUGAGUGUGUUAUGAAUGUGAUAAAGGGAUAGACUAAUGGUGUUUCGAGAACACAUUCUCAGUUCACAUGUUCAGUUAGGGGCUCUUUUCGAAUUGAACCACUUUCAAGUUAAACGAUAAACGCUAGCUAUUUGUUUCCAAACGUGUCCGAUAUUCUCAUCUCACGAAAUAAAAUGUUAGCAUCAUUGACCAUAUUUCUGGCCAGUGUCUUACGAAUCGGUUCAAAUGUUUGCCUCCACUCACGUACAUUUUCUCUCUUCCUCCACUUAUUUUCUUCUCGAUUAUCAAAGCAAUCUGUCUUCGUAACUAGAUUCGGUUUCCCACAAAAGACAUCUGAUUAAAAUGUGUUAUUGCGAGGUCACACCCACUCCCCUACAGUGUCCGUUUCAGUGUGUCACCCAUUGACAAUCGAAGGACUUUUCCGUAAACUGAAAGGACGGCGGAUCCAAGAACCUUAUCCGGACGAAGCGGCCGCUUCCGACUCGAUUUCGAUGAUCAGCAUUCCCGACAAGAGUUUCAUCCGUCCGAUCGGUUCGAUUGCCGGCAGACCGGUCAGAACCCUCCCCGCUUACACAGCCCACUCAUUCAUCUUCAGGUGAUUCCACGUCGUUGGACAUAUGGACAACCCAUCAGUGAAGUGUUCAUCGACGAGAACGGAAUAGCCAUUCCCGUCCGUCCGCAGCCUUCUCUGAAUGCAAUCCUCCGUUCUCGAGGAGGCGGUCUUUACUGA